AAAUUAAAAGGGGGUCGGUUUAUUAUUUAUUACGUGCUUGCCCUGCUAAUGAGAAAUUAAUAAGAAGAAAGAUAAAAACAUUUUCUUUCUCCCCAAUCUCUCUCACUCUCUGCUCUCCUCUGUGUGCUUAUCUCAAGGCUUAGAUCAAGAUCAAGAUCAAGAUCGUUUCUUCCAGUUGGAAUCUUUGCUAUUAAGGUAUGGCAUCAUCCGAUAAGCCAGAACUAACUGAAAGGGAGGUUAAGGAUGACAAAGAAGACAAGGGUGGAUUUAUAGAAAAGGUCAAGGAUUUCAUUCAUGACAUCGGUGAGAAGAUCGAGGAAGCAAUAGGCUUUGGUAAGCCCACCGCAGAUGUAACUGGGAUUCACAUCCCUUGCAUCAAUCUUGAGAAAGCAGACAUUGUCGUUGAUGUUCUCAUAAAGAAUCCCAACCCCGUUCCAAUCCCUCUCGUUGACAUUAACUACCUCAUCGAGAGUGACGGAAGGAAACUCGUUUCAGGCUUGAUUCCAGAUGCCGGAACCAUCCAUGCUCAUGGCGAGGAGACCGUCAAGAUACCAGUUACUUUGAUAUAUGAUGAUAUCAAAAGUACAUAUGAUGACAUUAAGCCUGGAAGCAUCAUUCCCUAUCGGAUCAAAGUUGAUCUCAUUGUUGAUGUUCCUGUUUUUGGAAGGUUAACUUUACCACUUGAGAAAACUGGAGAGAUCCCUAUACCUUACAAGCCUGAUAUCGAUCUUGAGAAGAUACACUUUGAGAGAUUCUCUUGGGAAGAAAGUGCUGCAGUUCUUCAUUUGAAAUUGGAAAAUAUGAAUGACUUUGACUUGGGACUCAAUGCACUGGACUAUGAGGUAUGGCUAUCUGAUGUGAGCAUUGGAGCUGCAGAACUCCAAAAAUCCACGAAGAUUGAAAAAAAUGGAAUCAGUUACAUCGACAUUCCUAUCUCCUUCCGACCUAAGGAUUUUGGAUCUGCUCUUUGGGACAUGAUUAGAGGAAAAGGAACAGGUUACUCUAUGAAAGGUCAUAUCAAUGUUGACACUCCUUUUGGAGCAAUGAAAUUACCCAUCAGCAAGGAGGGUGGCACAACCCGCCUUAAGAAGAACAAGGAUGAUGGUGGCGAUGAUGACGAUGAUGAUGAAUGAUGAAUGAUGAGUUGCAGGAUUGACAGGGAUGGCCCUUUUGAGUAUCUUUUGUUUCGUCAUAAUAAUAGAGUGUUGAAUUUAAUGUAUUAGACUGUGAUGGUAACAUGCACAAGAAUUAUGGAGGAGUUGCUACCCAUGAUUACAUGUAUGCGUGGGGUUUUAUUUUGCAGAGCUAUUUCACUGGUGAACCUCUUGAACUUGUGUUUGAAUUUGUUGUUGUAAGUAGUGUUGUUUUGUUUUAAUUUGAUUCCAUGUGUUGAUCUUUAAAUUUUGGCUGAUUCAAGUAUGAACUGCGAGGCCUUUUUGCAAUAACAAUAAUAAUAAUGAAGCAUUCAUGUCCUCA